AUUUCCUUAAUCUCCACAAAAAAAGAAAAGAAAAAAGAAAAAAGAAUCCUUAAUAAAUUUUAUCAUUCUCUUUAAGCAUGAUGGCUAAUUACCUACGGGCAUUUCUGUUCGUAGGUUUGGUACUGUUGAACAUGAAACAAAUAUUGGCUCAAUCAACUUGUUACUUCAGCUUCGGUGACUCUUUAGUCGACAAUGGCAAUAACAACAAUCUGAAUACUCUAGCCAAGGCCAAUUACCCACCUUAUGGCGUCGAUUUUCAAGGCGGUGUUGCCACCGGUAGAUUUACUAAUAAUCGAACUCUUGCAGACUUUGUCGCUCAGCGCCUGGGGUUGGCUAACUUCAUUCCUCCAUUUGCCACGGCAAGAGGUCGUGAUAUUGAAAACGGUGUAAAUUAUGGGUCUGGUGCUGCUGGAAUCCGGGAUGAGACUGGUUAUAUUUUGGGUGAUCGCAUAAGCUUUAACAGGCAGUUGAUAAAUCAUAAAAUAACGAUUUCUCGUCUUCCAUUUUUGCUUGGAGGGAUUAGAGCGACGAGACAGUAUUUAAACCAGUGCUUGUACACUAUUGUCUUGGGUAGUAAUGAUUACCUCAACAAUUACUUCCUUCCACAAUAUUAUCUAACAAGCACAAUCUACACUCCUGAUGAAUAUGCUGCUGCCUUGAUUCAACAACUAAAGCAACAACUACAGGUUUUACAUGGUUUGGGAGCAAGAAAAGUGGCGAUAUUUGGGUUGUCAGCACUGGGUUGUGUCCUACAAGAGAUAAAUACGUAUAACACGACUGGUUGCGUGGGUUUUAUCAAUGAUGCAGUUGAGUUGUUUAACAAUAGACUCAGGCCGCUUGUGGACAGCCUAAAUGCCCAAUUCCCCGAUUCAAAGUUCAUUUAUACAAACUCUACCAGCAUACAAUCCGGCCCUACACCACCUGGAUUAGUGUUGGAUCGGCCGUGCUGCCCAGUAUCAGAGAUAGGACAGUGUAUUCCGGGGAGCACACCAUGCAGCAAUAGGGCGGCGUAUGUGAGUUUCGACAACUUCCAUCCAACCGAUGGUGUGUCACAGGCUUAUGUUGAUCGUUCUUUUGACCCCAUUCUUCCCACCGAUGCCUAUCCAUUCGGCAUUACCGCCCUUCUUAGUUCCUGAUCAUCAAUACGUUAAUCAAUUUGGGCACAAACAUAUUAAUUGCUCAAAAAUCAAACUUUAUGGUAUUAUAUAUCUGCAGUAAGUUCUCUAUUAAAUUAAAUUUAUGCUGCUGCAUGCCUACAAUAUAUAAAAGUUAUGUACUUUCAUCUCUCGUGGUCUCUUUGAUUUAUCCUUAUGCCAAAGAGAGAGUCACGCAUAUAUGUAUCCAUGUGGUUGAAUCAUUAAUAAAU